GCUGCUGCUUCUGUGGCUGCUGCCGAGGCGGCGGCGGCGCUGAGGCGCUGAGGCGGUGGCGGAGCUGCCGGCCCCGGGCCUCUCGGCCUCUCGGCUCGCUUCCCAGCCUCCCCUGAGCCCGCCGGGGCCCGCGCCGGCCAGCGCCUGCCCUAUGAGUGUGUCACUGGUGGUCAUCCGACUCGAGCUCGCGGAACACUCGGCCGUCCCCGCCGGCUUCGGCUUCAGCGCGGCCGCUGCGGAAAUGUCUGAUGAGAUCAAACAGAAGACGCUGGCUUCCGCCGCAGCAUGUUUGGAAGGGAAGUCCCCCGGGGAGAAGGCUGCAGUCAUCCACCAGCACCUUGGUCGGCGGGAGAUGACAGACAUCAUCAUUGAGACCAUGAAGUCAAGCCCAGAUGAACCAAAAGAUGCGGUGGAAGAAACAGCGUCUUGGGAGGCAUCGCCCACUGCCCCAAGAAGCCGAGGUCCGAGCACGGAUGGCAGCAGUACCGCUCCGGACUCCCCAUCCAAACAGCUGCCAGGCCAGAUCUCUUUCUUCAGCGGCAAUCCUUCCGUCGAAAUAGUUCAUGGUAUUAUGCAUCUGUACAAAACGAAUAAGAUGACCUCCUUAAAAGAAGAUGUAAGGCGCAGUGCCAUGCUGUGUAUCCUCACAGUCCCUGCCACAAUGACCAGUCAUGACCUUAUGAAGUUUGUCGCCCCAUUUAAUGAAGUAAUUGAACAAAUGAAAAUCAUCAGAGACUCCACUCCGAAUCAGUACAUGGUGCUGAUAAAGUUUAGUGCACAGACUGACGCGGAUAGUUUUUAUAUGGCAUGCAAUGGCCGCCAGUUCAACUCCAUAGAAGAUGAUGUUUGCCAGCUGGUCUACGUAGAGAGGGCGGAAGUGCUGAAAUCUGAAGAUGGCGCCAGUCUCCCCGUGAUGGACCUCACUGAGCUCCCCAAAUGCACAGUGUGUCUGGAGCGUAUGGACGAGUCUGUCAAUGGCAUCCUCACCACGCUGUGCAACCACAGCUUCCACAGCCAGUGUCUGCAGCGCUGGGACGACACCACGUGUCCCGUGUGCCGGUACUGUCAGACGCCAGAGCCAGUAGAAGAAAAUAAGUGUUUUGAGUGUGGUGUUCAGGAAAACCUUUGGAUUUGUUUAAUCUGUGGCCACAUAGGAUGUGGACGGUAUGUCAGCCGACACGCCUACAAGCACUUUGAGGAAACACAGCACACGUACGCCAUGCAGCUCACCAACCACCGAGUCUGGGACUACGCUGGAGAUAAUUAUGUCCAUCGGCUGGUUGCAAGUAAGACAGACGGAAAAAUAGUCCAGUAUGAAUGUGAGGGUGACAGCUGCCAAGAAGAGAAACUAGAUGCCUUACAGUUGGAGUAUUCAUAUCUACUCACAAGUCAGCUGGAAUCUCAACGAAUCUACUGGGAAAACAAGAUAGUUCGGAUAGAGAAGGACACAGCAGAGGAAAUUAACAACAUGAAGACAAAAUUCAAAGAAACAAUUGAGAAAUGUGACACCCUGGAGCAGAGACUCAAUGAUCUCCUGAAAGAAAAGCAGUCUAUGGAAAGAAAGUGCACUCAGCUAAACACAAAAGUGGCCAAGCUCACCACUGAGCUCAAAGAGGAGCAGGAAAUGAACAAGUGCUUGCGAGCCAACCAAGUCCUCCUGCAGAACAAGCUCCAGGAGGAGGAGAGGGUGCUGAAGGAGACCUGCGACCAGAAGGACCUGCAGAUAGCAGAGAUCCAGGAGCAGCUGCGCGAUGUCAUGUUCUACCUGGAGGCGCAGCAGAAGAUCAGCCACCUGCCGGCCGAGACCCGCCAGGAGAUCCAGGAGGGACAGAUCAACAUUGCAAUGGCCACGGCCUCCAGCCCCUCAUCUUCCGGGGGCAGUGGCAGGCUGCCCUCCAGGAAGGGCCGCGGCAAGAGGGGCAAGUGACCUUCAGAGACAGACUCCCCUAGACUGUUCUCCCUGGCACUGCGAGGCGUGCUGGGACCUCCAGCUCCGUGUGAGGGUGGGCCCUUGCAAGUGUAAGUGAGCAUCACGCCCCAGUCGUUGGGCUCAUUUAUUGACUCGCGCAUGUGGUGACAAAUGGAGAGUGCCGACUGGGGACCCGAUGGCAAUAGGCAGUGUUUUAAAAGAUGGCUCACUAACCUCAGAAAUUCUAAUGACCAUUUUGCCUUCCUGCUUGGUAGAUGUCCCAGCUCUGCUGUUCAUUUUUCUGUGGUAUUUAUUGAGUUGGUAUUCUUGAUAUACUGUUCUGGGGUAGGUCUAAGAUAGUAAGGAAGUGUUUUUUUGUUUUGUUUUGUUUUGUUUUUUGCUGUUUUAUUUCCUGUAACCUCACAGGUACUAUUACCUAACUGUAAAACACCCUUACCUCCCUGAGGUCACAGCACACAACAGCUGCUUUGAAGGGCAGCCCCUUUUGGCUCCUGAGAAGUUAGGCAAAUUCCCUGGCUUACAUCUCCUUCCCUCACUCUGAAGAGUUGAAGAAUUGUUUGAACGUUGGGUAAAAACAGCCAGGGUUGUGAAGCAGGCACUGGCUGUGACCAGCAAUACCUCUUCAUGCUUGAGGAGACUCAGUGUUGGAAAAAAUGGUGGCAGCCCCACAGUGUGUGUUUUUGGUGACUCCACACGUGAUUACAAACUUCAAGUAAGGAAAGAGGCUUAAUGGCUGCUCCAGCACUCCCGGGUCAGAGUGGAUCGCUAGCCUCCAGCCCGAAGCAGCAGGGGGAUUGGUCAUCUCCACAGGAUUGUCGUGUGAGGCCUCUGACCAGCUAACUCUGUUUGGCUGGGAUCAGUAUUUUCUGCAUGUUGAGGGCGAUCCAGCUGCAUGCAAGUCCAGGUUGUAGCUAGAGGGAGCUUGGGCAGAUUUCAGUCAGGCUUUCCCGACAGAGCUGAAGGCUGGAUCUGCAUCUUUAAAUGGGGAUGCUCCACAGAGCCCCCUUCGCUGCUGUCACACGCUGCUCCUGUGGGCCACCAAAGAUGAUGUCUUUUCUCUGGAGCCAGCAGUUUGUAACAUGUGAAGAUCGAGCAGAAUCAGUUAGCUUCUGAGGAGGGAGCAGGAGAGGUUACCAGGACAAACCAUUUCAUUAGCCAAAGGUUUCAGAUUACACAUCUCAGAAGUGUUUUUAGCUGGUUUACAGGCCGCCUUUUUGAUCCUUCCGUAUGUCUCCCAUGUUGCAAGUUCCUAAUGACUAUUUCUGAGGGAUGUGCUGCAGCAUCCCCCCCACCCCAAAUCUGGCUUGUAAUUCGCAAAAUGAAUGUACUCAGAUGUUCUUACUAUUUCCGUAGGGCAAACCAACUCCUCAACUCCUCCUUGAACUUGAAUUCUACAGCUAUCUUUGAGCAAGAGUGGGAAUGUAAAGCAGACCCUAAUUCUCUUUCCUAUAGAGAUUCUAUUUUAUUUAAAGUCUAUUUUUACACUAGUUAGGAUCCUGCUGUUUUGGCCAAGUGCUUUUCUUGCAUGUGUGACCUUGCAGAAGCCCAAGGGCAUCACAGCACACCCUUGGAGGAGAAGCAGAGCCAUUUGCAAAGCUUGCUCGCUGCUCACUUUGCUGCAGUCCACCACCAGUUGGGAGAUGGAGCCUUCUGGCAUAGGUGGGAUAGAAGCUCCCAGAGGCUCUGCCCAGGGCGAUGAGCAGAUUGGCCAAGGUGUCCACAUUAUAUGAAAGUUUCACGAUGUUCCAGGAAAAAAAAAAAUCUUAAAAUAUGUAAAGAAUUUUUUUACAGGGCCAAAGAGUUGUGCUUAAAUUUGAUAGAAUAACAUAAGAUAGAGGCUUCAAGAAAUGAGCCAGUUAAUAUACCCACGCUACCUUGAAGAAUGACCUUGCAUUAAACUACCAAACUUUGAAACCAUU